AUGACCAUCACCAAUGGAUCCGUUCUCAUGCCACAGCCUAGAAAGAAAAGCCCUUCCUUCUGGCCGUCCAAUCUGGCUCGUCUGUCAGUUUUUCAGGUGGGUCCGAUCGAAAGCCUAAUGUUACUCUAUGGGCAGCUGGAUCUAAACGGACGUACAUCUGUUUACAUCCCCCGACCCUGUCUAGGUCUAGAAAAGAGUUCCGUUUUGGUGGACGUGAUCAUGACAGAUCGGAGAGUGACUAAUGAUACUGUUUUCACUAGCACAGCAGCCGGUGUACCAGCAAUGGCUCAGAUUUCAUAUAUUGCCGCACUGCUCAUGUUAUAUCAUGUUUUCUGCAAAGACGUUGAGGUAUCAGAAGAACCUUUGUGCACAGAGGUGAUUGCGGCUACAACCUAUGAUUGUGAAGGGUUGGGACUGCAAAACCUGCCCGACAGUCUCCCUGGCUCUACAGAGUAUCUGGAUUUCAGCUUUAACUCUCUACUUGCUAUUUAUCAUUUCACCUUCAACAGACUGGAAAAACUGGAGUAUUUGGCUUUAUCAAGAUGCGGGAUUGCUUGGAUAUAUGAUGAUGCUUUCAGUAACAAUACAAAGCUAAAUACACUUCUACUCACUGGAAACAAUAUAUUAUACAUAGCUGAUAGGGCAUUCUUGGGAGCUACAUCACUCCAACACCUUUACUUACAGAAAACAUCUAUAUCGGAGUUGUGGUUUAUACCAAUGAAAACCCUGCCUAACCUGGAAACAUUGCACGUGGGGAGCAAUUAUAUUACUGAUAUACAACUUCCUGAUGACACACCUAUGACCAAAUUGAGGACUUUGAAUUUUGAGUUAAAUCAGAUCAGUAGAAUAUCGGUGGAGGACUUGAACAUUCUCAAGCACACCAACAAUUUGACCCUCAUUUUAAAGGGAAACAACAUUGAGUACAUUGAACCAAACGCUUUCAACUUUAGCAACUUACAUUGUUUGGAUUUGACUGGUUCAGCCUGGAAUGUCGAUUUGUCAUCAGUUUUAAAGGGCUUAAAUGGCUUAAGGGCUGACAAUCUAAGGAUUGGUACCUUUAUUGACAUAGACGUUGACAAGGAUGUAUCCCUAUCAGAUAUGGAUUUCCUUUGUAGUGUAUCAAUGAAGGAGCUCAGUCUGCAGUACAGAGCUUUUUCUGAUCAACAUAAGUCAUUUCCAUGUUUGGCCAAGACUGAAAAACUGGAUUUUACCUGUACAAACCUUAAAAGCUUUGCAGGGCUGAGCACAGACAACAUUCUAAAGGAACUGAUAUUAAACAAGAACAAGUUCACCUCACUUUGCAGUAUAAGCUCAGAUACUUACCCACAGAUCACCAACCUUCAUAUAGCAAGAAAUAUGGACACAUUAGAUUUGGGAGAUGGAUGCUUAAAAAGUCUAACCAGCCUUGUGUAUUUGGACCUGAGUGAGAAUGAGUUUAUGCAUUCAACAUGCUGUAGCACACACUUCAGGGGACUAGAAAGCCUCACCUUUUUAAACAUGAGUUAUGGAAUAACGUGCACACUACACAACCCAGCCCUACCAGAAACCAACAAGAUAGAGGUUCUAGACUUCUCACAUGUCCCUUUAUUGAUUGAUAAAGCUUUCAGUCCUUUUAGUAAUUUAGCUGAUUUAAAAGUCCUCAACUUGUCUAACAGUUAUAUAGAUACAAGCAACAGAGAAGUGUUUAAAGGUCUCCAGAACCUUCUUUUCAUAAACAUGGAGAGGAGUGUGUUUCAAAAUGGUGUUCUUGCAGAUGAGAAUUUGUUCGCCAACACUUUAAAACUUGAAACUCUCAUAUUAGCCAAAUGUAAGUUAAGGGAAAUAGAGGAUCAGGCGUUCAAAAAACUUAAGCAACUGAAACAUGUUGACCUAAGUCAGAAUAAUCUUACUGUCUUUAGUACAAACCUAUUUGUGAAUUUGACCUAUAUGUCCCUCAAUUAUGCUUUUAACUUUAUCACAACCAUACCUAUUGAUUCGGUGAGAAAUAUUUCAGAUCAAAACAUCAUCAAUUUUAGUCACAACCCCAUUGACUGUUCCUGCUCCAACAUUGACUUUUUAUCCUGGUAUAAAACCCACAUGAACUUGUUUCUGGACAAGGAAAACACGGUGUGUGGUUCUCCACCUUCAUUAGUGGGUACAGAGUUGUACAAAGUGUCAUUAUCUUGUGGAACUUCUUUGAUGAGUGUCAUAAUAUUAAUCCUUUUUAUAGUGAUAACCAUUAUCCUAGCUGUGUGCUUUAUAAGAUUAUACAGGAAAAGAUUUUAUUCAUCCAUAUAGUAAGCCAAAUAAAGAAAAUCUGUCACAU